UACUCACCUCACCAGUCCCGCAAAAUACGGACGUAAAACGACAUAACUGGCUGACACUUGAGCGAUGAAAUCAUGUCUUCUUCAAAAAAAACAACUUCUUCACUUGCAUUUGUUAGCAAGCCCGCUUUGCUCAGCUUUUGCCUCCUCGCCGUAUCAAUUGGAACUGAUUACUGGUACAUCAUUGACGUGAAUAAGCCCAACUCCCAGGACCUGAGUUCCUACUCCGGACUGUGGACGAUCAAUGAAGCAAACAGGACGUCCGUCAUCCCUUCAUUCACGGCGAACAUGUCGGCUCUGUCCAAGGCGGACAGGCACCUUCUUGAGCUGCACAGGGCGGUGGUCAUCCUAUUGCCUCUUGGCUUGGUGCUGCUGGUCUUCGGUUGGAUUUUCGGACUUGUCAGUUCGUUGGCCUACAGCACCAAGCUGCUGACCGGAACGGCAGUCUACUUUCUUGUCUGCAGUAUUUUCACAUUGACCGGGGUCAGCCUCUACAUCCAAUACCACAGCAAGGCCAUGGAGGAGUUCCAGCGUACCGUGUCGCCGGAAGACCUGGCCUACGUGGACGUAUAUUUCGGCUGGUCCUUCGCCAUGGCGUGGCUCUCCUACUCUUUGGAAUUGGCCACUGGCCUGCUGCUCCUGCUCGCCGCCAAAAUAACCCAAAUGAAAGGACGUUACGACUGCGGCGUCGCCGUCGCCACUUUGUGAACGUCCUCAGUGGACGGGUGGUGCCAUAGACCUACAUUGAGGGGGAAAAAUAUAUAUAAAAGACAAGAAAAAAUAUAUAGUUGCCCGCCGUAUUGUACAUAAAGAUGUUCAGAUUUAUUUAACAUUAUUACACAGUGCAUUUGUGCUAAUUAUGGGCAAGGAAAAACUCAACCCAAUGGGACAAUGAGAAACCUUGGAGAGGACCGUAAUAGUAUAGUGGUGAUAAUGAGAACUUAAAAGGGGAACAGCACUUCUUCUGGAUUGUUGCCUAUCAUUCACAGGCCCCAUGUGAGACAAGAACAGAUAUUCUUCUUGUUUUAUGCAUUCUAAGUCGUAAAAUAUGGCAAGUAUGAGGUGGCUAACAACCCAGCUAAUGGGAGUACACUAUUCUGCCCAUAUAUCUCUCUAAAAAAAAACAUCCAAAAAAUGCCAACAAUAUUCAAUUUACAUAUUUUGACUUGAAUAUUAACCAAGUAUUAGUUACUGUAUAUCUAGGGAUGUC